AUGCCCGCCGGAGGAGCUCCGGUGUCGCCCGCCGGCCCGGUGACCGGCGUCGGAGCCCUGGCGCCGUUCGUCAGCGAGCUGGACCGCCUGGCCCCGAGCUUCGACGUCCGGGGCGACCAGAUCUGCAUCAUCAAGACGCCGGCCGAGUUUUACGAGACGCUCAAGGACCGAAUCCGCAACGCCCGGAGCCGCAUCUUCCUGUCGACGCUGUACAUUGGCAAGUCGGAGAAGGAGCUCAUCGAGACGCUGCAGGCGGCGCUGCGACGGACGCCGGGGCUCAAGCUGAGCAUCCUGAGCGAUGCGCUGCGCGGCACGCGGGAGGCGCCCGACCCGUCGAGCGCUUCGUUGCUGGCGCCGCUGGUGACGGAGUUUGGCGCGGACCGCGUCGAGAUCCGCAUGUAUCACACGCCUAACCUGACGGGGCUGCGGAAGCAGUACAUCCCCAAGAGGAUUAAUGAGGGGUGGGGGUUGCAGCACAUGAAGCUGUACGGCGUGGAUGAUGAGAUUAUCAUGUCUGGCGCCAACCUGUCUACCGACUACUUCACCAACCGCCAGGAUCGAUACCAUCUGUUCUCCUCCAAGGAGAUCACGGAGCACUUCUGGCAGGUCCACUCAGGCGUCGCAUCGUUCAGCUUCCUCGUCAAGCCAUCUCAGGAUGAAGCCGCGGGAUUCACCCUCGCAUGGCCCAAGUCCAACUCGGCGCCGUCGCCCUUGGAGAAGCCUGAAUCUUUUAUCAAGAGCACCACGUCGACGCUGCAGGCCCUGAUACAGCCCGGCGCCAUGCCCACAUCCGAAGACAUCGCAGACACGAGGGUGUACAUGCUCGGCCAGAUGUCCCAGAUCAUGAAGCCCGACACCUCCACCGAGCUCCCCAUCGUCACGCACAUCCUCAAGACGCUGGGAUCCCCGGCCUACCGCGACUCCUCGUGGACCUUUACCGCCGGCUACUUCAACCCGGCCCCCUCACUGACGAAGCUCCUCAUGGGCACCGCAUCCUCCAACAACACCGUCAUCACCGCGCACCCGGAAGCAAACGGCUUCUACCAGUCCAAGGGCGUGUCGGGCCUCCUCCCAGACGCCUACACGCUGCUCGCGCGGCGCUUCCUGCACCGCGUGCACCACGAGGGCCGCGACGCCUCCAUCACGCUCAAGGAGUGGCGCCACGGCGUCGUCGGGCAGCCCGGCGGCUGGACGUACCACGCCAAGGGCCUCUGGGUCACCAUGCCGGGCGACGCGCACCCGGCCAUGAGCAUCAUCGGCAGCUCCAACUACACCAAGCGCAGUUACUCGCACGACCUCGAGGCCGGCGCCCUGAUCGUCACGCGCGACGAUGGCCUCAAGGCCCAGCUGGCCGACGAGCAGCGCUGGCUGCAGGAGCACGCCGCCAGGGUCACCAGGGAUGACUUGGCCGUCAACGAGCGCAGGGUCGGGCUCAAGGUGCGCGUGGCCAUGUGGAUUGUCUCGCUGGUUGGCGGGGCUUUGUGA